AUGGCCGCCACCGUGGCCGCGCGGUGGUGGGAGGACGCGGCGAUCUCGGUGGGGAUGGUUGCCGUGCAGCUUGCCGGCGCAGCAUACAUGGUGGUGCUGACGCCGAUCCUGGCGCUGGGCCUGGACCCGCUCUUCCUGGUGACGUUCGGCAGCCUCUCCACGGGGAUCCUCACCCUCCCUUUCGCCCUCAACCUCGACAGGAACAAAUGGCCGUCGGAGCUGAGUAAUAGGUUGAUCCUUGAGUUGGUGGUGCUGUCUCUGGGAGGGGUGACUGUGUUCCAAGCCCUCAUGCUGGAUGGCAUGAAGAAGACAUCCCCCGCCAUCGCCUCCGCGAUGCUGAACCUGGCCCCGGGAUUCAUCUUCGUUGUCGCGGGCUGCCUCCGGUUUGAGAGGGUUGAUCUCAAGUGCCGGUACACAAGAGCCAAGAUAGUGGGGACCCUUCUAUGCCUGGGGGGAGCCAUCACCAUGAGCAUCCUGCAGAGCCCUGCCACUCCACAGGGCCGAAGAUCGCCAGACCUAGCAGCCUGGGUCGUCGGGUGCCUGUGCCUCCUGGGUGCGGUGCUCGUGCUGUCGGGCACAAUAAUCCUGCAGGCAGCAACCCUGAUCCGUUUCCCGGCCCCUUUUACCCUCUGCGCCAUGACCUCACUCAUCGGCGCCUUGCUGACAGGGAUGUUCCAGGUGUUUACCACAGGGAGGCUCGGCCCUGGGACGCUCCAGAUCAGCACCGGAAUAAUCCUCUCCCUUGUGUUUGUGGGUAGUCUGGUGAGCUCCGUGUCUAUCAUGUACCAGACGUGGGUGCUGGAGAAGAAGGGGCCUGUGCUCGUCUCACUGUUUAGCCCCACGCAGACCAUGGGUUCCGCAAUCUUCUCCGCCCUCUUCUUGGGACGGGUGGUGCAACCAGCAAGCAUACUAGGGAUGCUAUUUCUUUUCUCCGGCCUUUAUGCAGUUCUGUGGGCAAAGAAGAAAGAAGGCCAUGUUCUUCCUCCUGCAGACAGGGUCGUGGCAGACGAUAUAGAGAAACCACUCUUGCUUCCACGCUAGCUUUUGUUUUAAUAUCUAGACAGGCAGGGUUCAUACAGCAAAAAUCAAAGAUUGUAUACUUCUCUUUGUUUGAUUUUUGUAAACAAGUACUGUACUGUGCUAUGUUCAUACUGACAAGAUACUUAGAUCAGUAGCAUCAGAUUGUAUGAUAGAGGUAAGAUGAAAUGAAGAAUACCAAGCACA